CUGACCUGUCCCUGUCGCCGCGCUUCGUCAAUCAUACGAGUUAGUGGUCCGCGGGCAUAACAAAAAUUAAUUUAAUGGUUAUUUUUAGUUAAAUUUUAGUUUUGCUAGCUAUUGACGGUACUGUGAAUAGUUUUAUUAGUAAAAAUUAUGUUGCAGUCCUUAUUAAAUACGUUUUGGAGUGAAUAUAUUUGGUUACCGCCUAACACAACAUGGUCUGACAUCGCGCCCGGGCCGGAAAAGCUUGUAAUAUAUACGGAUCACCGGCAUGUCUUCUUUCCUAUACCGUUAGCACUCGUUUUUAUAAGUCUCCGUUAUGUGCUAGAUAGGAUAUUGUAUGCUCCAUUUGGUAAAUACCUUGGUAUCAAAGAUAUAAGACCAAGAAGAGCACCUGAAAAUCCUAAACUAGAGGCAGCUUAUAGAUCAGGACCUCGUAACCACAAACAAUUAUGUGCGUUAGCGAAGCAGCUAGAUUUGACGGAGCGUCAAGUGGAGAGGUGGUGGCGUCUGCGGAGGAGCCAGGAUAAACCCUCUACUCUAACUAAGUUCUGCGAAAAUGCCUGGAAAGUCACCUUCUAUGUGGUUAACUUCAGCUUCGGAGUUUAUAUCCUUUGGGAUAAAGAGUGGCUGUGGGAUAUUGAUCAGUGCUAUAUUGGAUAUCCGCAUCAGGGUCUGACAGAUGACAUCUGGUGGUACUACAUGAUAUCGUCAGCGUUCUACUGGUCGCUGACUAUCUCCCAGUUCUGGGACGUGCGUCGGAAAGACUUCUGGCAGAUGUUCGUGCAUCACUUGGCCACUAUCGCUCUGCUCUCCUUCUCCUGGGUCUGCAACCUUCACCGCAUUGGAACGCUGGUGCUGCUAUUGCACGACUGCGCUGACAUAUUUGUUGAGGGGGUCAAAGCAUCGAAAUAUGCUGGUUACCAGAAGCUGUGUGAUUCCCUGUUCCUGGCACUGAUUGUCGCUUGGAUCUCAACUAGAGUUGGAAUUUUCCCCUUCUACAUUAUAUGGAGCACUCUGGUACGAGCGCCACAACUAGUACCAACGUUCCCGGCGUACUAUAUAUUCAACUCGCUGCUUUGUCUGCUUCUCGUACUGCACGUUGUAUGGACCACUCUUAUCCUACAGAUCGCGUAUAAUGCAAUGAAGGCUGGACAGAUGGACGGCGACGUGCGGAGUUCGACGGAAGUGAGUGACAGUCCUAACCACUCGAAUCAUUCUAAUAAUGGCUCUCCUACUAGGAGAAACAAAAAGAACACAUAAACUAAAACUUCAGUUCUCGACAAGAUCUCCGAAACGAUAUUUUUAGAUAUACACUUAUUUCUUGUAUGUCCUUACACGAUAUUCGAUUAUUCUAAAUGUUAUUACCUCGAAAGUUAUAUAUUUUGUAAUAUACUUUCAACAGGUGAUGUGGGUUCAGAAAUAACUUGAUCAUUGCCAUAUAUUAGCAAAACUAAACUGAAAAAGAAGUUUCAUAAAUAUGAGUGAAUUUUGAUUAUUAUGUAAACUACAUUUUAAUGAAAAAUAUAACCUGUCAUUUGAAUGAAAUUUUUCAUUAAGAUCAUUUCGGACCAAUGUCAUCCGAAUAAUGUAGGUAGGAAUAUGAAUGUUUGUCUGUCACUGUGAUCGAUGUGUAGCUAGAAAUAAUAAACAUAUAGAGGCGUU